AUGGAUGACACUAAUCUUGCUGCUACACCACCUUCAGUCAGUUUAUGUAAAAGUUCACAAAUUCUCAGGCACUAUGUUUCUCGAGUCACAUGUGGAAACUCAGUUAGGAAGACAAAAUUGACCUCCAGGACAGGCUGGUGCCACGCCUUAGGUGGGUUCAAUCCAUUGGAUGAGCAGUUGAAAUAUUCAGAAGCUGGUUUCUCAGGCAGCACAAUUGUAGUUAUGGCAUUGGUGUCUGCAACUCCGCAGGAAGUGGCUAAAAGGGAUGUGCUAGGACGCGACUAA